AUGACCGCCCAGCAGGAACCGUCUUCCGUACAGGGACCGGGGGCUUCCUCAGUCUCGUCGUCCGAUGCGAGCGACAACGACAACGUUCACGAGAAAAGCCUGGAAUCUCCAGAGUCGGCAGAUUGCCUCAACCUCACCGAGAAACCUGCAGAGACCAUGGACACAGACACAUCAAAAGAAUCAGCAGCAGUGCCAAUCAGAACGAUAACGAGAACAAGAAGCACAGAUCUCGCACGACAUGAAACGGCCACCGCAUCCUCGAUUCAUCCGACCCAAAGCCUGACACAGAGUAUCUCGCGGGUGCCUACCGCCACAAAACCGCCCGAGUUCUCGCUUAUCCACGAAGUUCUGUUCGUGACCGUUAUCAGCGCCGCACAGCUAUUGACCCAAGCAGCGCUGGCCAUGUCGAUUGCGCCGCUUCAUAUCAUCGGCAACACAUUCCACACCACGAAUCCAGGCCAGCUGUCCUGGCUGCCCGCCGCGUACUCGUUGACCGUGGGCACAUUCAUUUUGCCAGCCGGGCGAUGGGGGGACUUAUACGGACACAGGAAAUUGUUUGUCUUUGGAUAUCUCUGGUUUGCCGUCUGGUCGGCCGUUGCAGGCUUCGCGGCUUUCUCACACUCGUUGGUCUUCUUUGCUUUCUGUCGUGCCAUGCAGGGUAUCGGGCCGGCAUUGUUGCUUCCUAAUGGCAUUGCGGUUCUGAGCCGCACGUAUCCGCCGGGCCCGAGGAAGAACAUGGUUCUCAGUCUUUUCGGCGCCACUGCCCCGGGAGGAUAUCUUGUUGGAGCAGUGUUCUCUGGUAUCUUUGCAGAACACGCCUGGUGGCCCUGGACGUAUUGGCUACUCGCCAUCGUCUCUGCUAUCAUGGGAGUCCUGGUCAUAUUGGUCGUCCCUCGCAUGCCGGUCGCAGGCCCCACAGAGUCUCGAUGGAAGGAAUUGGACGUGGUCGGCACAGUCCUCGGUGUGGUCGGGUUGAUCUUUUUCAACUUUGCCUGGAACCAAGGACCCGCCGCUGGCUGGGAAAAGGUCUAUGUCUACGUGUUACUGAUCGUCGGUGUUCUCUUCUUGGUCGUGUUUUUCUGGUAUGAGAAAGCAAAGGCUGCUUUCCCCCUGAUCCCCAUGUCGUCCUUUUCCACCGACACCAGGUUGGUUUUUGGAUGCAUCGCUGCCGGCUGGGCUUCGUUUGGUAUUUGGGUCUUCUAUCUAUGGCAAUUCCUCGAGCUCCUACGCGGUCAAACCGUGCUGUUGACGGCAGCUCAGAUCGUCCCUACCGCCAUCUCGGGCGCCAUCGCAGCAAUCGUAACCGGCCGUCUGAUCGCUAUUAUGCAGCCUGGAUGGAUCAUGCUGGCCAGUAUGCUCGCCUUUCUGGUGGGCACGAUACUACUGGCAACCAUGCCAGUGAAACAGACUUACUGGGCACAGGCCUUUGUGUCCUUGAUCGUUACCUGCUGGGGCAUGGAUAUGAGCUUCCCCAGUGGCGUCAUUGUUCUCUCGAACCACAUGCCGCCCGAGCACCAAGGUCUCGCAGCGUCACUGAUCAACACAGUCGUCAACUACAGUAUCUCCAUCGGCUUGGGCAUGGCGGGAACGGUCGAGGUUCACGUCAACUCGGGCGGUGCGAAUGAGCUGAAGGGCUAUCGCGGGGCCUGGUACUUGGGAAUCGGCCUUGACGGAUUGGGCGUGCUGCUCGCCAUAUGGCUCAUCCUAUCGUGGAGGGCGACCAUCAAGGCCAAAGAAAAGGCGGAUUGGGAAGACGCCCAAACUCAGGCUUAG